GGGAGGGGGGCUCGGGCUGCUACCUGGCGCAUCCUCCGCUGCGGGGCUCCGGCCGCCUGCACCCUCUUCGCCAGCCCUCAGAUCCCGGGCCUCGGGAGGUGUGCGGGCCCCCGGCAGUGGCGUCUCCAGGACCUCCUCAGCCUGCACUGAAGCUGCAGCAGGAGAGACUUGAGCUAGACUCCGGGAAGACCGUUCUGACCACGACCAGCGGAAGACUUUGCCCAGGAUGGCUUUCAAGUCCUGGUUGAAGAGGCCUCCCCUCCCCCAGCGUCCGGGCAGUGGUCAGGGCAGGGGGCCGGGGGCAGGGGGCUGCAGGCGCUGGGCAGGGGGCCCUGCAGGGAGAGCUCCCCCCAGCUCUCCCGUCGGCCCGGGCAAGGCUGUUCCCAGGUUGCAGCGUUUCCAAUUCGAGCUCCUCGGGAUGAAUCAUCCCCCUUUCCCGCCGCCUGUCCUCCUUUCCGGCCUCCUCCACCCGAGGCCUCAGUGGCCCGCGUCCCGGACCGAGCAGCACCGCCCCAGCACCUCAGGCCGCCCCAGUUUGGGCCGCCUGGCUUCAGCCCUUCCCGACCUGUGGCCUAAGAACUGUAGCCGGGCCGGCUUCCGCGCUGGAAUCCGUGCCAAGGCCCCAGGAAGGAGGCCUUGCUACCCCACUCACUCCCCAUCCGCACCCCCGAAGCUCAAGGCACGACACCCCAUUCCUCCUCCGACAGGAGUGCGGAAGGCCCAGGGCCUAGCACAGAGCCGCAGAGUCUACUGCGUCCAAAGCCUGAUUUUCACAGAUGGAAACUGCGGCCCAGAAAGACAGAGGAGCCUGCCGGGGUCACACGAGGAGGGGGCUCCUCCGGGACCCGACGCCGGGCCUGCGGACCCUAGCCCACGCUUUGCGCUUCCCCGCACGGCCACGGGAGAGUCCUGGGAGGAGGCAAGGGCCGUUUCCAAGUCAUCUCUGAGUGUGGAGCCUUCUUCCCGGCCCUUAACCGCUGAAGUGACCACGGCGCCCCAGGCCGGAGCUGGUGCCCCAGCGCCAACCCCGGAAAGGUCGCCCGGAGCCCUACGCGUCCCUGUGAGGAGGGAGGCGGAGGCAUGCGGAGAGAUGGGCACACACAUAGAGACCCCGAGACUCUGGAGGGCAUGGGUCCACGCUGGGGACCUCAGGAGGGAGAAACUUGGAGCCACAGUCUGAAGGUCUCAGGCCGCGGGAAGUUGCUCUGGGCCGGGUCCCUCGCACUCUGGGGUCCCGCCUCCCCGCGCGCCCACACUCUGUCCCGGGGAAAGGGAGGACCGGGCUCCCGCCCCCCAGGGCCUUUCCGGAGGGAGGGGACCAAACAAAAAGUUGAGGAAAGUGGAGGGCGAGCCCGGGGCCCUAGUUUCGCUCACCUGGCGCCGCAGCGCCACGGCGGGUCCCGGUCCGAGUCCGCGCGCCGCGGAUCGCGGCACUGCCGCUGUCUCCACGGAAUCUUGGCCCCCUGGCCCCACCCCCUUCUCAGGCACCGCCCGGCACCGCCCAAGCCCCGCCCCCCGGAGCCCCGGGAUCUGGCUGGCCAGGCCCCCGCCAGGCCCCACAGCUGGAAGCAGGCGGCAGCUCAGGUCUGAGGGUCGCAGGAGGGACCUGGACGAGAGGACCCCCGGGACCAACGUGGCUGACAUUUCUCCCCCAAGCUUCUCUGGGGAGGCAGAGAACCCAGCACAGGGACCCUGAGGUCCCUGCCUACUUGAGGCUCCAUGUCCUCUCCAAAAGCCACGACGGGGAGAGAGCAGCUGUCAUCUCCUGCAUGUCACAGCUCCCCCGUGGCCACAGUGAGCAGGCCUGGGACCUCAUCUUCUCUCAUCUCCGGUUUAGGAACAGCCCUGCUGGCUGGGACUGGGCUGCCCCGGAUUUCCUGCCCGAGCCCCAGGGGUUUCUAAAACCAUCCUUGUCUUUGAGCUGUCCCAGAAGCACUCAGAGGACACAGCUGAAUGCCCAUGGCGUCGCAGCCCAGUAAGACCACAGCCUCAGCCAAGAUUCCUGAAGCCAGUGGAGAGGAGAGAGCUUGACUCUGAGACCCAGUUUUGAUUCUACUGCCCAUUCACUGGGUGACUUUGGGCCCAUCACAGGAAUCCCUCGGCGCUCCUGCCUCUCGAAUGGGUCCUUCACAGGAAAACUGGUGGGCUGAUUCAGUAAGAAAUGACUGGCAAGUAGAAUCCAGAACCCCAAUUCCAAUACCUCAUUUUAUAGGGACAAACCGACGUCCAGAGAGGCACAGUGACUUGACCGGGGUGACCCAGCCAAUGAAUGACAGAGUGGGGCUUCAGGCUGCACAGUUACAGGCCCCCACCCUGGGCUCAGGCUUCGGGGAUUGUUGGGAUGGGAACCCCAAGUCCAUCUCCCCACCCGUAGAAGCUCUGAGCCAGGCAAUGGCUUCCUUGGUGUCUACGGGACUGGCAAAUCUCUUGGGAAGAAUGAACUCCCCAUCUUUGUGGCUCUCCCAAGCCCAGAGAAGAGACGGAGCCGAGCCUAGGUGACACUGGGAAGGCCAAGGAGAUGAGACCCUCCUGGGGGACAGGGCAAAGCCAGCCUCCUGCCUAAGUCCCUAGGGGAGGGAUGACAGUAGGAAGUCGCUGUCUUGUCAAGCUCCUCUUGGCUCCAACCCCUUCAUACCUGUUACCUUCCUAAGUGUGCAAGACAGCCCUGAGAGGGAGGUGACACGAUCACCCCUUGUCACCCAUGCUUUGUUACACUAUGUCUCACUAGCCCUGUGACUGUGGUCAAGUCCCUGGUCUCUGUUUCCCCUUAUGUCCAUUUCCUCUUCUGCAAAAUGGGGACACAUGGUAGCAAGGCAUGCCAAGUCCUCUAAUGAGGAGGGAACUCCACAGGAAACACAGUGGCACUGGAGCUUUUCUGGCCUUCGACUGGUUCUUGCCCAUCAGUUUCCUCUCCUAGAAAACGUGAAAGUGAGGCUACUGAUUGUCUGUCUUCAGUCACCUCCUCUGGGGACCAGAGAGGAGCCCUGGGCCCCAUCCAGAUGCUUCAAGGGGUGAAGUGAACGGACCAUCCACCAAAGGCUGAGAAAGUGACAGCUGACUCCAUGUGGGGGCCAGGCAGCAGGGAGGACUUCCUGGAGGAGGGGGCCGUGGCCUUCCCACUGGGUCUCAGGAUCAGAAGAGUUACCCAGGCUGCAGAGGGGGACCCAGGCAGCAGGAAGAGCAGGUGGACAGCCUUGGAAGCUGGGGCGGAACUCAGGUGCCGGAGAGGGAGCCCGGAAUCGGAGGAAGGGCUCAGGACUGACUUCAGAGUUCCUUAAACCCCAGGCCCAGGAUGUAAGGUUCAGCCCUCUGGCCCUGGGAGCCAUGGGAGAUUCUGAAGCAGGAGGGUUGCCGGAUUGCUAUGUACCUGGGGAAGAACUUUACAAACUGUGAACAUGGCACCUGUAAUAGUUUCUCCAAGAGCAUGGAGAGAAGGUGCAGGACAUGGGGCCCCAGGCCCCCCAGGAGCCUGAGGAGCUGGGGAGGCUUGCCCCCUGUGGAGGAGCACCAAGCAGCCCGUGGCCAUGGUGGGGGUCGGGGGGAGAGAGCAGCCCGUUGCCGCCCAGGUCCUCUGGUUCUGGCCCCCUCCCACACUGACCCUUCCCAGCUCUCUUGCUUUGUGCCAUCCCCUGGGACCCCCGAGACUAAGGCCUGACCUGUGUGCUGGCCACUUACUAGCUGUGUGACCCAGUGAAGAGACUUCGGUCUUCCUGAGCCCUCCUUCUCCUGCUCUGUAGAAUGGAGAGGCGCUGUAAGGCCCCCACUCCAAGAGCUCUGGGAACAUAAGAGGGCCCAGCGCAGACUCCGGGGUGCCCCCGAGGCUGGUCCUACUCUAGCAGGGCUGCUCUGCUUGGAAGAGGGGCACCACACAUGGUCUCCGGGCUGUGCUGAGGGCUGGGUGCCCAGGGCACCACGGAGUCGGGAGCUUCCUGGCAGAGAGGCUGUUUGAGUGACGGCUUGGAAAGAACACGGGGCAGAAGUUGCUGGGUGGGAAGCAGCCCGGAGGGAAUUAGGGAGUCGUUGGGAGGAAGGGCAGUGGGGAUGGCAGGGGAUGGGGCAGGAGAGGACUGAAUGCCCGAUUCAGGGGGUCAAUUGCAAAAGCGACACCUACCCAAAUAACCUCGGGACCGUCUCUGAGCCUCUGAGCCUCCGUGUCUUCCUCUGACUACAGGCCAGUGGCCUGGGUCACAGGCUCGUGAGGCUUCGGUGCUCACCAGGUGCUCCCAGAGCCUGCGCACAAGGCUGCCUGGGCUGUCACUAUUAUCAAUGCUGCCUUUAACUUCGCUCUAAGAUUUUGCUUCAUCUCUGUGUUCUUUUUGAACUUAUUGAAUAUUCUCAUUGGCUCAGCAGGGAGCAGGUGGUUAUCCCUGGCCCAAACAGGAAGAAGCCUCCGUCAUACGGUCCAAAGGAGAUGGGGCGGGAAAUGUCAAUUCAGAUGCCUGGGACAGGGUGACAGAUCCCUACAAGUGACUGCCAGCCUUGGUGGGGUGGGGGGGGGGGGGAUAGGACCUUGGGAGCUAGGUGAUUUGCCAAGCCCUUAGAGUAGGGCUGCUGGCCAGGAAUGUGACUAGGGCACAUGCCUACCCCACUAUGGCUUCAGCCACGGCACGACUGUCCAACAAGAGACUGAACCUGUGGUUUACCCGCAAAGAUCUGCUUCCCCUUUUUUUCAGGAAGCGCUCACAGCAAGAACCACAGGAUAGGAAAAACCUCAGCUGAGAGCAUUACAUCCCCAUGUCGCUCCCUCCCCCCACCAAGGUAGGAGAACAGCACCACGGGGCAGAGAGAUGUGCCUCGGGACGCAGCAGAGUGGCAACAGCCCACAGGGGCCACGUGAACACCAAUAAGGAAUCUGAGUUUGUGGCGUGCUUCGUCAUGCAGUGUAGACAGCCCGCGGGGACAGCCACUAGCAUGGCCUGCGUGGAAAGAGGAAGUUCCUGCUCAAUGGGAGCUAACUCUGAUGUUCGAGCUCAGUGACAGAGUGAUGGGCCUGGCUGAUGUUGCCAGAGGAGAGUGUAAGAAUUUCAAGUGACAUGAAGCAAGACAAAAUUUCUCUUUCACUUUCUAGCUGGAGCCUGAACCGUCUCGAGUCAAGGGAGGCCCCUGGUAUUAAGGACCCAGGCUCCUUCCAUCUUGAUGCUCUGCCCUCCCGGACGUGUGGCCACCCACCUUGUCUUUGUGGUUGAAGAUGCUCUCUGGCCCUCCUCCCUGAGUUUGGGGACCAACCAAGGAGAAUAGGGCUGGGAAAGGGGACUGUGCUCCCCACUCCUUGUAAAGAACAGCCCCCUAUGCACACAUCCAUGCUCCCUUCCCAGUGGUUAGAAGAAGAUUGUGGGCCACACCCAGCCCAAAGAGAGGCUGGGAAAUGGGUAUUGGGAGACAAUGAGAAGUGCUUGCUAGAUACCACAGGGAUGGGGCUCCUCUAUUUGGUGACAAGCCAAACUGGUGAUGAGGCAGUGGGGGAGUAGAGGCUGGCCCCUCUGGAGACUGGGAGUCAUGGUGAGAAUCCUCCAGAGCAGGCUCCUGGCGGCAAGGGAGCCCCGGAGUUGGUGGCAUGCUGGUCAGCCAUCUUCUGUCCUUCGAUUGUGCCAAGAGAAGCCUGAGGCCCCCCCUGUCCGGCACCCAGCCCUGCAGAGAGCAACUCUCAGUCUCUCCGACUAUGUGGUCGUUCCUCCCAUCGCGACCCUGCCACCCUGGGCCGGUCCCAGUUCUGUCGAUAUCAUGGAGUCAAAUGCCAGCUUCCAGAUCUUGAAUAAAGUACUUUGUAAAGUCAAAGUAAGAAGGCACAUGGAAGGUGAGUGACGUGCCCAAGGUCACACAGCUUGAUCAUGUAUCAUGUCUCCCCAUUUGGCCUUUCCCCAUUUCGGAGAGGCAGGACUGCAGUUCCAGGGCUGUGUACCCAGGCCUGGAGGCGGGUGGGCGGCGGGAAGGACGCCAGAGACACCGCUGGGUGCCGGGGUGCCGGUCGGGGGUGGGCUGCCUCGCAGAAGCCUGGGCGCCCCGCAGGCGGGGCUCGGAGGAGGUCUGCGUUGGCGCCACCUGGCGGCGAGGCCCUGCACCUGCGCCCGCGCAGCCCCCGUCCAGCCCGCCCGCGCGCCUCUCUUCCCUGUGCGCAGCCGCCGCGUUUGCAGCGGAGAAGCCGGGCCCAGUCCCCAUCCGGAGAUCCUGGGAGCGCACGUGUGCUCCCCGGGGCCCCAUCCAGGCUAACGGGCCUCCCUCGGACAGAAAGGACUCGGCCUAGGGAGGCCGGGUGCGCGGGACAAAACCCGGUGGGGUGUGGGGGGAGUCACAUUUACCCCGCGUGGAAGCCCCUUCAUGGCGCUGCUGGAACACGGGCUUCCGUGUCCGCAGCACAGGAAACUGAGGCACAAAUGGUAAGUGACAGAACUGGGCUGGGCCCCAAGACUGCUUGAUAUAAACUCAAAUGCUGGCCCUGGGUUACCUGCCCCUGACUCUGCGGUGCUCCUCAACCCCAAGCUUGCCUAGACCAGCCCCUAGCUUGGGUAUCCAGCCUAAGCCUAUAGAAGUUUGUUUUUUUAUCAGACACGUCACAAUCCUGGGAUGUUUGCGAUGAUCACAGGACCCCUGCAAAGGGGACCAGACCCGGCGAGCUCCCACCCUGCACUUGGAAUGCCUGACAGGCAGGGAGCAGCCAGAACCCCAUGGCAUCUGAAUCAGCUCGUGUUGGCCACCAGGAGACCAAGGAGGCUGCCAGCUGCCGUGGGUUCCAGCAGGUGCCUCCCGCUCCGUGGCGGGGCUCAAGGCCAGGUCUCUCUGACCCCUGAGCCUCCACACAGAACUGGGAGAUGGGGAUAUGAAUCACUGUCCUUAUUUUACAGAUGGUAAACUGUGACCCAGGGUUAAAUAAUUUGUCCAGGGUCACACAGCAAGAAGGUAGCAAGGGUCCUGUCCUUCCUAUAAUCCUUGUGUCCUCCUCUAAGACUGGGACAGUGCCCGGACCUCAGGAGGUGUCAGGCCCCCUCCACGGCCGGGUGGAGUCGGGGCUGGGUCCGAAUUAGCUCAAUCACUUGGCGUCCUACUGACAUUUUGCAGGAAUCUCACGUCUUAUUCUGGUACGAAGAGAGAUUCUAGUAAGAAGUAGUAACCAAGGGAGCACCUGGGUGGUUCAGUGGGUUAAAGCCUCUUCCUUCGGCUCAGGUCAUGGUCCCAGGAUCCUGGGAUCCAGCCCCGCAUCAGGGUCUCUGCUCAGCGGGGAGCCUGCUUCCUCCUCUCUGCCUCCCUCUCUGCCUACUUGUGAUCUCUGCCUGUCAAAUAAAUAAAAUCUUUUUUAAAAAUAAAUAGUAGCCAAAAGGACAAGGAGAAGAUGUCCUCGGACAGUCACAGGUCCUGGCAGGGUCUUCACGGAGACCCCAGCCUCCCCAGUAACUAGACCGAGGCAUCCCUGUGGGGCUGCCAGGCACCAGCCGUGCUGUUGGGUCCCGCACAGAUUCUGGGUUUGGAAGAACCAUUGAUGAUGCUCCAAGAGGCUCCUCAAAUCUCUCACCAAGAAAUGCUCAAGAGAAAGCCUUAGGAUGCCUGAGGGAUCAUUGAAAAAAUCUACAGUCAACUUCCUGGCAGCUGAAGGACAAAAAUGACAGCACACGACUGUCCCUGAUGGGUGUGGUCAUGAAUUUUUCAUUUCCUUUCCAGUAAUUCCAGUCUUCCCAAUGAAGUUGCUUCAGUAAAUGAUAUGUAAUA